AAAUCUAUUUUCCAUUCUUCAGUGCAGUUUCAGCUGCCCUCCAAAUCGGAACCCUCUGAUACCAAUCUCGGUCUUGUUCUUCGCCGUCGGAUCGCGGACUCCGACCAUCUAUCCCUUCUUUAACCUUCCCUCUCCUCCACUAUCAUUUCGCCUUCGCAACAAACCCCAAAAACAAACUCUUCUUGUUGUUGUUGUUGUUAGGUAUUUUACCCCCACGAAAAUUCUUACAAAAACAUUGUUCUUCUUCUUACAAAAUCAAUUUCUUUUCCUUGUCCUGUAGGAUUAUCCACCUCCGUUCUUGCAUUUUUUCCUUUAAUAUUGGUGUUACUGCUCGAUUCUGAAUAAUAGAGGAGAGGGAAGCGAGUCAAUGAUCAAAAAAAUCUAAAAAAAUUUUGAUAAACAAGAAAAGAAAAGAAAAAGUUUUCUCAGAAUGGCUCAGGUUCCACCUCAACCUCAAGUUCCCAACUCCGGCGCCGACCCGGCUGCCAAUGGAGGCGGAAAUCAGCAUGUGACGACGUCGUUGUAUGUUGGAGAUCUUGACGUGAACGUCACCGACUCCCAGCUUUAUGAUCUUUUUAAUCAGGUGGGGCAGGUGGUUUCUGUUAGGGUUUGCAGGGAUUUGACGACCCGUCGAUCGCUUGGUUAUGGCUAUGUCAAUUACAGCAACCCAGUGGAUGCUUCGAGGGCAUUGGAUGUGCUAAACUUCACCCCUUUGAAUGGGAAUCCUAUUAGAGUCAUGUAUUCGCAUCGCGACCCUAGCAUGCGGAAGAGUGGGUCUGGAAAUAUUUUUAUCAAGAACUUGGACAAGGCAAUUGAUCACAAAGCGUUGCACGAUACAUUCUCUGCAUUUGGAAACAUUCUCUCCUGCAAGGUUGCUACAGAUUCGUCUGGGCAGUCUAAAGGCUUUGGUUUCGUACAAUUUGAUACUGAGGAAGCUGCCUUAAAAGCUAUAGAGAAGUUGAAUGGUAUGCUGCUCAACGACAAGCAGGUGUUCGUGGGACCUUUCCUUCGCAAGCAAGAAAGAGAAAGUGUCAGUGAGAAAACAAAAUUUAACAAUGUUUUUGUUAAGAAUUUAGCAGAAACUACAUCUGAAGAAGAUUUGAGGAAUAUGUUUGGGGAGUUUGGACCAAUUACCAGCGUUGUGGUCAUGAGGGAUGGGGAAGGAAAAUCAAAAUGCUUUGGCUUUGUGAACUUUGAAAAUGCGGACGAUGCUGCUAGAUCUGUUGAUGCUCUCAAUGGAAACAAGGUUGAUGGGAAAGAGUGGUAUGUUGGAAAAGCCCAGAAGAAAUCUGAAAGGGAAGUUGAACUAAAGAAUCGAUUUGAGCAGAGUGUAAAAGAAGCUGCUGACAAGUAUCAAGGUGCAAACUUAUAUGUUAAGAAUUUAGAUGAUACCAUUGACGAUGAUAAACUGAAGGAGUUAUUCUCUGCAUUUGGAACCAUUACCUCAUGCAAGGUUAUGCGUGAUCCCAAUGGACUGAGUAGAGGGUCUGGCUUUGUUGCGUUCUCAACUCCUGAAGAGGCUUCUAGAGCUCUUGGAGAGAUGAAUGGAAGAAUGAUUGUGAGCAAACCUCUUUAUGUUGCACUUGCACAGAGGAAGGAAGACAGAAGAGCUAGGUUGCAGGCACAGUUUUCCCAAAUGCAGCCAAUGGCAAUGGCAUCUUCAGUUGCUCCUCGUGGCAUGCCAAUGUAUCCUCCAGGUGGUCCAGGUAUUGGACAACAAAUAUUUUACGGACAAGCUCCACCUACUAUUAUUUCAUCACAGCCUGGAUUUGGUUAUCAGCAGCAACUCAUGCCUGGAAUGAGGCCUGGUGGAGGUCCGAUGCCAAAUUUCUUUGUUCCAAUGGUUCAGCAGGGCCAGCAAGGGCAAAGAUCUGGUGGAAGGCGAGCUGGUGCUAUUCAGCAAUCCCAGCAGCCUGUUCCAAUGAUGCAGCAGCAGAUGCUACCAAGAGGACGUGUCUACCGUUAUCCUCCUGGGCGUGGACUGCCUGAUCUUCCCAUGCCUGGUGUUGCUGGAGGUAUGUUCUCUGUUCCAUAUGAGAUGGGUGGAAUGCCGCCGCGGGAUGCUGUCCACCCUCAACCAGUUCCUGUUGGCGCUUUGGCUUCUGCCCUUGCAAAUGCAACUCCAGACCAGCAGAGAACGAUGCUUGGGGAAAACCUUUAUCCACUUGUGGAACAGCUAGAGCCUGAUAAUGCGGCCAAGGUAACAGGCAUGCUAUUGGAAAUGGACCAAACUGAGGUUCUGCACUUGCUCGAGUCACCGGAAGCUCUGAAGGCGAAGGUUGCCGAGGCCAUGGAGGUUUUAAGAAGUGUUUCUCAGCAGACGGGCAAUGCAGCUGCUGAUCAGUUGGCUUCAUUAUCUCUGACUGACAACCUUGAUUCCUAAACUGAAUGUUGCCCUUGUGUUUUUUAAUGAGCUGCAAACCUUUCUUCUACUUGGUGCUUUUAUUAUUGACUUUGAGAUGGGAAGUUCCAACUACUUUUGUUCGAACCGAGUGAUUUCUAUUACUGCUGGCAAUGAUUGUGGAA